UACAUUUUACAUAAGGCAAAUCAAGUCUGAAAUUUCAACAUGGAAAUUACAAACUUUAGAAGACUUUUUACAACUCAAAUACACUACAAGUUUGCAUUUCCUGCUGUGCAGGAACAUUCUCAGCAGCAAAAGAGUGAUAAAAUUAAGAUCCUACAUCUAUAUGACCCUGUGCCCUCCAGACAUCCCCCAGGUGGUUCUGUUGACCCAUGUGGACCAGGUGUGUCAUGCCGUCCAAGAGGAUGUGAAGUUUGUCUACUCCAGCCGGAUCCUACAGGAGAAGAUGCAGAAGGCAGCCGAGGUGGUGGGUUUGCCAGUGUCCUAUGUGCUUCCAGUUAAGAACUACUCCAGUGAACUGUCUGUGAGCUGCAACACUGACAUCCUGCUGCUGAGUGUAGUUCAUCACAUUCUCCAAGCUGUUGAUGACACAUUUGAGGAUUACUGCCCUCCAACCCCUGCAGAUGCCAGUCCAGUGACUGUUUAAUGUUCGAUAAGUAACUGGGUAGGAAGGUGUCAUGCUGUAAUGCAUGUGUCAUUAGCAGUGUUGGGAGUAGUUACUUGAAAAAGUAAUAUUACAUAAUAUUACAUGAAAGUAACAUGUUAUAUUACUUGUUAUAUUACUUUGCAAAUAAAUCUCAAAACCUCA